AUGGAUCGCCAUCGGGGCACGGCCGCGGACACGUACACCCCGGACCAGUUCAAGAAGAUGAUGCGGAAGACCAGCAUGGACGCCAUCUUGAGCAGUUUCACACUUGCCAAGAACGCCUACACGCAGGCACUGCAUCGCGACCACUGCAUCCGGACGAUGACCGUGCUCGGUCAUCACACUCUAGCCCGCGGGUGCAUGAUCAUAAACUUUAAGCUGCCGGACAUGAUGAUGUGGAAGCUCGGCGCUAAAUCGGAGACUGAUCCAGUGAGGGACGCGUUCAUGUUUGUUUGCGAGUGCAGAACGGGCAAGACAAACAAGGACUUCUCGCUCAACUACAUCUCGGCUGUGAGGCACAUCGACUGGACGCUGUGCGCGGUCGGUGCUAUGCUGUUGUGGAUGCACUGGGUGUACGACUUGGUUCCCGUCCUCUACGACGACAUAGCCCCCCCUCUCAACUUCUCGGAACCCUCGACGUGGUACGACCAGUACCUCUUCUUCCCUCUUCGCGUGGGUAACGAGAAGCAGAUACCGCCCACGACUCAUCACGAUUGGGCGACGAAGAUACUGGACGACGCGGGAAUCACGUGCUCGCGAGUGGUCCACGCGACCAGGGCUGGUGGGGCGCAGCACGCGUCCGCGGACGGAAUGUCUUCGGAUCAGCUGGCAAGACUGGGGGGAUGGCGCUUCAUAGACGUGAUGACGAAACACUACCUCACCACUAUUCCGAAGGAGGUCGUGCUGCUGAAGGCGGGAUUCACAGGGGUAGACGGUGACUACUACUUGGGUCGCGCAAAAGUUUCGUGCAUGGAUUACAACCGGAAGAUGGUCAGCGAGGACAAGGCGGAGAAGCAGGACACCACGGGGCUCAACAUACUGCAGGAGCUGGACGGCGAGGCUAGGAUGGCGGUCGUGCAAGACCUGGCCAUGUAUUACAUUCACCAGCCGCGACACCCGUACGUGGUCGGGAACCCGCUAUGCCAGAAGGAGGAAUUCACGUCAUGGGCUGCAGAUGUCUCCUUGGCGAAUCAACGGGCCAUCGUACAGCGUAACACACCUACGCUGAUUAGAGGCGUGGUGAGUAGUGCUUGGUCGCGUUAG